AAUAGUGAGGCUGAGAGAGAGAGAUAAUUCAUCUAUUUCUCACACCUGCACACACCACACACACCUAACAAAAAAAAAAUUAUUGAAAGUUUUUAAAAACAAUUCAGUUUUCUAUAAUUUUCAUUUUAUUUUUCCCCCUUCUGUUUAAUCCCCCUCUUCUUUAAUCCCUUUCUGUUAACAAUCUGUCUUUCAAGAACAAUUCUUGGUUUUAUGGUUUGUGAUUGCAAACUUUUAGACAUUAAUUUCUUAAAAAGUCAGGUGUUUACAGAAUUGAGAUUUAUUAGUAAAUUUUGUAGAGUUCCAUUCAUUCUUUUUUUUUUUCCUUCAGCUGAGAGGGCUUAUUAGUUGUCCCUCAAAAGGUUGAUCUAAUAGACAAAAAGGGGUUGUUAUUUGAAGACCCUUGUUUGUUUUUAUUUUUAUUUUUAUUUUUGUAACUAAUCACCUGUUCUUUUAUUUUUUGAUAAGAAGCAGGUUGAUUUAUUUUAGUUAAUUAAAAAUUGUGUGUUAGAUCUAGCAAUGUCUACUACAAUGGAUUUCUGGACUAAUACACUUUUAGAUCUUAACUCAUCAAACUCUUUCAAGGAUGGUGGUGAGCUCAUGGAAGCACUUGCACCUUUUAUCAAAAGUGCUUCUACUUCUCCUUCUAUUUCUCCCUCUUCUGAUUUUCAAUCUUUUCAAACUAUACCUUCUUCUUCUCCUCCUUCAACUUCAUAUCUUUAUGAAUCAUUUUCUUCUACAUUUCAGCCUGAAAUGAGCUAUGAUAAUGGUUGCUCCACUUCCACAGCGAUAAACCCCACUUUUUCACAAGGGUUUUCAGGCUUGGAAGCGGAGCAAUCGGGCUCAAUGGGGCUAACAGAAGCCCAAAUCUAUCUCCACAACAACUCUCAACAGCAGCAAAUUAUGCCAGCUGUCGCUUUUCAGCAUAACCAGUUCGCUUCCUUCUUGGGGCCAAAGCCGGUUCCCAUGAAGCAAUCGAGCUCGCCCCCGAAACCCCCAAAGCUAUACCGCGGUGUUAGACAACGCCAUUGGGGAAAAUGGGUGGCAGAGAUUCGAUUGCCUAAGAACAGGACCCGGCUUUGGCUUGGUACCUUUGAUACCGCUGAGGAGGCCGCCUUGGCAUAUGACAAGGCAGCCUAUAAACUCAGGGGUGACUUUGCUCGUCUGAAUUUCCCCCACCUCCGUCACAACGGAUCGUUAAUUGGGUGUGAAUUCGGAGAGUACAAGCCGCUUCACUCCUCAGUGGAUGCUAAGCUACAAGCCAUUUGUCAAGACUUGGCACAAGGAAAGAGCAUUGAUACUAAGAAGAAGAGGAAAGUGUCUUCUAAGGUGGCGGUGACGGUGGUGGUGCCGGAGAAAGAAGAAAGCAAGACGACGGCGGAAGCUGGGUCGGAAAGUGAUGGAUCCGGGUCAGGAUCGGGUUUCGGGUCAUCGCCGAUUUCAGAAUAUACGUUCGAUUCAAUUUGGGACAUGUGUUCGGAAAAUUACAUGUUGCACAAGGAUCCAUCUCAAGAGAUUGUUAAUUGGGCUUCACUAUUAUAAUUUAGUCAAAUUUAGUAAUUGGGGAUUAUGUUAAUCUUUAGUAAUUUUUUGUUUAUAGAUGUUUAAUUGUGUAAUUAGUUGGAUAGGAUUAGUAGGAUAGCCAAUGCGAUGAGUUUUUGGUAAUUGCAUGGCUAGUCCUUAAAUUUAUUAAGAUGAUCCAAACUGGCUAGCUGGUGUUUUUUGUCAAGGAUAGGCCAGUGGAUUUGUUUUUUUAUGUUGUACUUUUUCUUUGUAUCUAUAUUUCUCUACUUGUAACUCAUGUAUUAAGUCUCAAUCGUAUAUUUAGUGCUCG